CCUAAGUUCUUCAGAAUGUACCCCAAAUAUUUUAAGUCUUUCACACCAAUAAAGCGCUGCGCCCACGUAGCCAAUGCUUGUCUAUUGGGAUGCUCGCCAAGCUUCGGCAUGGGCAGGCUGUCAAUAUUACAGCUCGCGCACUACUCGAAGGCGAAGGGAGGCGACAGCAAGAAGCCUCCGUCUGCUCCGACGGGUAAGCUGGGGAUGCGAAUAGUGCCGGUUGUUCAGAACAAGUUGAACUACGACGAGAAGAACAUGAAGCUGGGCCGGGCGCUCUCGCCGCACUUGACCAUCUACAGAAAACAGUUAACCUCGAUGAUGUCCAUAUUUCUGCGGGCGAGCGGCGCUACCCUGGGCCUGGCAGUGUGGAUCAUUGGCUUGACAGCGCUACUGUGCAAGCUGGACAUCAAUGCCUUGGCUGAGAAGGUUGAGGGGCUCAACCUGGGCGGGGUGACCUUCACGGCACUCAAGUUCAUCUUGAUGGUGCCCUUCAGCUACCACGUGAUGGCUGGCACGCGCCACUUGAUCUGGUACCUGAACAUGUUCCUCACCAAGCCAGAGAUAUACACCACCGGCUAUGUGGCCAUAGCAAUGUCGCUGCUGCUGGCCGCAGCCCUGGCGCUCAUCAGUGUCAAGCCACCGCACACGGAGCCCCAGCCGGUCCUCCACGACAAGCCCGAGCCCAAGUGUCCCGUGGUAGAAGAGGAUCCAUGCAAUGUGCCCGAUACAUACGAUGAAUGCGAGGAGCCGGCUAGGCCCGACCCGGUUAGGCCGGAUCAGAAAGGUUGUGGGUGCGAAGACUAGAAACGUGAAGACGCGAGCCUCAAGGUCUAGAACAAAUGCCAAGGCCCACUCAUGGGUCUCACAAAAUUCACUGGGUGAAUAGCUAGUUUAGAAGCCUUCUUAUCAAAUUGUAUGAUCUCGUCUCUUCACGGGCAAAUUGAUGGUGUUCGGUCGUUUCGCAUGAUUUGACUGCGAUACUGAUUGUAAUUAAAU